AUGUCCUUCUGUGGGAGCGACCGUCCCCUGGACAACUUCCAGUUCACGUUCGAGACGUACCUAGACGACUCUGCCCGCAUUGAGCCGGAUUCAAGUGAGCAUGAUGUAUAUGACUCCAGGUCGCUAUCAGACAGCAUAGCCAGAUACCAUGAAGAGUUUGGGAGAACAUAUCAUUCCUAUCGUGCCGGGUCCUACCACUUCCCCAACGACGCGACGGAAAAUGAACGCAUGGAGGAGCAAUACGAGAUCUUGAAGAUGGUCAUGGACGGCCGCCUGCACCUUGCGCCCUUUUCCCGCGAACAACCUCCACGCAAGGUGCUCGACAUUGCCACGGGGACCGGGACCUGGGCGAUUGACAUGGGGGACCUCUAUCCGGCCUCCCAGAUCAUUGGGACCGACCUCUCUCCUAUCCAGCCCUCCUUUGUUCCUCCAAACGUGAGGUUCUUCGUGGAAGACUCGUCGGAUGACUGGGAUUACCCCGCCGAGUUCGACUUCAUCCACACGCGCGUAACGGUCAGCUGCUGGUCCAACAUGAAGGAACAAAUCAUCCAGCGGGCCUUCGACCACCUGACGCCGGGCGGCUGGCUCGAGUGCCAGGAAAUCCCCGCCGACGCCGGCUGCGACGACGGCACGCUGGCCGACGACCACGGCUUCCUGCGGUGGGCGCGCGACUUCCGCGCCGUCUCGCAGCUCGCGGGCAGGCAGGGCGACGUGGGGCCUCAGCUCAAGGACUGGAUGCGCGAGGUCGGCUUCGUCGACAUCCACGAGACCGUCUUCAAGCUGCCGCUCAACGGCUGGCCCAAGGACGCCCACCUGAAGCACCUGGGCAUGCUGUGGCAGCGCAACCUCCUCGAGGGCCUGAGCGGGUUCAGCCUGGGCAUGUUCCACCGCUUCUUGGGGAAGACGGUCGAGGAGAUUGAGCUCUCCCUGGUGGACGUACGGAAAAGCCUAUUCGACCGGAACGUGCAUGCCUACCAACGGCUGUAUGUGGUCUGGGGUCGGAAGCCCGAGACGGCCUAG